UUUCUGCCCUAUUUCAUACUGAUUUUGGUCGAAGAGCCGAGGCCUUGCCUCGAGAAAAUACUCUUACACCCACACAAAGGGUACAACAAUAUUCGGAUAAAUAUUUCGUUCCUUAUCCGGGAACUACCUCGCCAGCUGCCAUUGGACUGCUGUGUCACGUGGUUAAAGUAACUUUACAGGGUCGCUUGCUAGUAGGAGGGCUUUAUGGACCAGAAAAACGACAAAGGUAGAAAAAUUAUUUUUCACUCCAGAAAUUAAUGAUCAUGAGCUCGUAUUUGAUGGACUCUAGCUACAUCGAUCCGAAAUUUCCUCCUUGUGAGGAAUAUUCACAAAAUAGCUACAUCCCAGAACACAGCCCUGAAUACUACAGCCGCACGAGAGACACCAGCUACCAGCAUCACCAACAGGAGUUGUAUCCUCCGCGAGUGACCUACCAGGAGCGCCCGUAUAACUGUGUAAGCAUCCCCGAGCCCGAGCCCCAGACCGGCCAUGGGCUCACACACUCGGGGAAUCUACUUGCGGGGAAGGCACAGACAGCUCCACUUGAACCCUUGCCACUGUUACCCACAUCCCCUACCACCCCACCGACUGCGCCGCCUGCCUGCAUCCAAGCCGCCCCGGAGAAACCCACCAGCUCUGCCUCGGCUAAGCAGCCUGUAGUGUACCCAUGGAUGAAGAAAAUCCACAUCAGUAUCGCGAAUCCCAAUUACAAUGGAGCAGACGCAAAGCGGUCCAGGACAGCUUACACUCGCCAGCAGGUCUUAGAAUUGGAGAAGGAGUUCCACUAUAACCGCUACCUAACUCGGCGAAGACGCAUCGAGAUUGCCCACACCUUGGUUCUCUCCGAGCGCCAGAUCAAAAUUUGGUUUCAGAACCGAAGGAUGAAGUGGAAAAAAGACCAUAGGCUACCCAACACGAAAGUGAGAUCUUCCUCCUCAUCCAACAUUAGUGCGACCUCCGGGUCCACCACAGCGUCAACAACAGCCAGCACUCUCCCGCGUGCUGUGGGCUCCAACACCGUGCCAGCUUCCCAGGAACUCUCUCGAGUGUCCGUAGUCGAACGAGACCAGGAUAUUACAAGGCUAUAGACACAAAAUAAUAUCUGACAAAGAGGAUGAAAAAACAACGGAUUAUUUAUACAAAUAUAUAUAUAUAUAAUUGUUCCUAUAGUGUUCUUGUGCGUUAACGGGUUUUUCCUCUCAGUCCACAGCUAUUCAACUAUGCAUGUUAUAUAGCAUGGAUUACUGCAGAUACUGUACCAACGGAUUAUUACGGUUAUCAGGGUUUAUUUAUUUAUGAUAUAUAAUUUAUUUUUAAUUUUUUAGUAAGUUGUUCUGACGAAAAAUAGUAGACAUUAUCAAAGUAUUUGCCUGUGGCAGAAUACGUAGCUGUCAAUAGACUUAUACAUACACAAUCGUUUUAUUUAUUCUCUGAAAAAUAAUGUUAGGGUAAUUUAUUUAUUUAGGCUAUUCAUCUCAGAGGUGACAGUAACAAUAGCCAGUAUACGUACCAUUAAACAUAUUUUAUUUUGCAAUACAUGUGAAUCAGUGAAAUGUUGUGAAUUAUUUUUCAGCACAACCUCUUAUCAAGCAAAGUCAAUAAGGGUAGUGUGUUUUGUGAUUACAUUUUUGUGAUUUAGAUUUAUUUGAAUUGAUCGUUGUAAAAUGCAACAAAAUAAGUUGAGUGUAUUUGUGAUAAUCGUAGUGGUCAAUAAAACCGUGUCGAGUAGUUUAGAAUA